CUGUCAAAGUCGUCAGACACUUCAUUUCACUAUUUGUUAUCAUCAUCAUAUUGAAAAAGUUAUUACGGAAAAUAGUCGAAAAACAUUUUUUGCUUACAAUAAAAAAAUAAAAUUCAAAACUGAUCGAGUGAGAAGGAAUUGCUCGCUUUCAUUCGCAUCGUCUACUGAACAUUUUUACCUGAAAACGACCCAACGACCAACAUAAUCCGUAAACAUGGGCAAAGCGGAGGUUGGUACGCCAAAAUAUUUGGCCAACAAAAUGAAGUCCAAAGGACUACAAAAAUUGCGCUGGUAUUGUCAGAUGUGUCAGAAGCAGUGCCGCGAUGAAAACGGCUUCAAAUGCCACACUCAAAGUGAAUCCCAUCAGCGCCAGUUGCUAUUGUUCGCUGACAACUCCGGUAAAUACAUUCACAGUUUCUCGAAAGAAUUUUCCGAUGGUUUCAUGGAACUACUUCGACGACGGUUCGGCACAAAGCGUGUAUCAUCCAACAAAGUGUACCAGGAAUACAUCUCACACAAAGAUCAUCUUCACAUGAACGCUACGAGGUGGCUGACGCUAUCGGACUACGUAAAGUGGCUGGGUCGAUCUGGACAGUGUAUCGUUGACGAAACAGAAAAGGGCUGGUUCAUCGCGUACAUCGAUCGUAGUCCUGAAGUUUUAGAGCAGCAAGCGAAAGUUGCCAGAAAGGAGAAACAGGACAAGGACGACGAGGAACGACACAUGGAAUUUAUCAAUCAGCAAGUUGAACGGAACAAGAAGGACGGUGAUUCGGCUAAGGAAGUUGAACUGUGCGAAUUCAAGCGAGAAAACGACGACGAAGUCGUUAAAUUGGAAAUUAAAGCGCCGAAGAUCAAGGCAGAAUCGAUCCUGCUGAAGCCGAUGAAAAUUGAGAAACGAAGUGUCGACGAUGAUGAUACACGUUCGGUGCGCAGUGAAAAGAAGUACAAGCCUAGCUCCAGUCAGAAAGACGAUGGAAAGAAGCUAUCGGCGCUGGACGAAAUAAUCAAAAUCGAGGAAUACAAAAAGGAGAAGGCGAAUCGCAAGGACUAUUGGUUGAGUGAAGGGAUUGUGGUCAAAUUGAUAACGAAGUCACUGGGCGAUAAAUAUUACAAGCAGAAGGGUGUUGUCGUUGAAGUAAUGGAAAAGUAUCGGGCAAAAAUCAAACUAUUGGAAACCGGCGAAAAGGUCAAAAUCGAUCAGUCUCACGUCGAAACGGUCAUUCCAGCGGUUGGAAAAAUAGUUUGUGUUUUGAAUGGAGCUUACCGAGGCUCGAAGGCCACGUUGCUCAGUCUGGACCAAGAUAAUUUUUGUGUGACGAUCGAAAUUGCUGCAGGACCACUGAAAGGGCGAGUGGUGAAAAGUGUUCAGUACGAAGACGUUAGCAAACUGUUUCAGGAAUAGAAUGAAUGUCAAUCUGUAUUCGAGCGGAAUAAAUGUGUUUACAGAAAAA